AUGGCUGGGUUUGCGCUAAAUGACCACAACGGUGAGCUAAACGGCGGCGAUCUCCUCGCGCAGACGCUCAAACACCUCGGAGUCGAGGUAGCCUUUGGUCUACAUGGUGGACAUCUCGACGCAUUUCUCCAGGGUUGUGAAGCUUCUCAGAUCCGGUUGAUCGAUACCCGACACGAGACCGUCGCUGUCCAGGCAGCCGAAAGCUACGCCAAAUUCUCUAAAAAGAUCGGCGUUUGCUUCAUCACUGCAAACAGCGGCUUCUCCAAUGGUAUCCCUGGUCUGGCGACGGCUCUGGCCGAUCGGUCACCAAUUCUCUGCAUAACAUCCUCCCCUCCAACUCGCGAUGCGGAGAAUAAUUCCCUCCAGGGAAUUAUUGACCAGGUUGUCGUCUCUCGCCCGCUGACAAAGUUUGCCUAUCGGAUGACGAACCCAGAAGAUACUCCACGAAUUGUGAAGUAUGCUAUGGGGGUUGCGCUCUCUGGUGCUCCUGGCCCUGUCCUGCUUGACUUCCCGGUUGAUGUGUUAUUCACGCCUGUACAUAAACCUUUAAUAUCCUGGGGAUCGGUUUCAUCGCCUUUCCCAUAUGGACCUGGUCCACACACCGCAGCAAUUGAAGGGACAGUGGAACUACUGAACGCUGCCAAAAGGCCCGUGAUUAUCCUGGGAACAGGAGGCAAUUCUAAGGAGGCAGCAGAAAGCCUCAUGAAGCUCUCGGAAACAUGCCACAUGCCAAUUUUCGAUACGACGAAGUGCAAAAUAUCUUUCUUCCCCUCACAAUUUGCCUUGAAUGGAGGGGCCAGCAGCGCCCUUGCCCUUUUACCGCACGUUGGUAUACAGCGGCCAGAUCUCAUUUUACUCUUGGGUGCUAGGACUGGUAUGUUCCUUGGCGGUCGAUCUGGUGCAAUUAUACCCGACAAGGACUGCAAGCUAGUCCAAGUGGACGUAGACGGUGCAGAGAUUGGCAGGACACUUCCUGUUGACCUAGGAGCUAUUUGUGACGUUACUCAGUUCGCUGCUGGGUUGAACCGCCACUUCGAGACUGCCUCAUUCCAGGGCUCCGUUGACACCAAGUGGGUGGAUGAUGUACUCGGUCUUAAGAGCCUGCCGUCCCCUUAUGAACAACAAGCAGAAGUCCAGCCAUCAGGACGUCUCCAUCCAUACCACGCACUUAAACAUCUCUUAACCUUUGUUCCAAAGGAAAGCAUCAUUAUCCUUGAUGGCGGCGAAGCACCACUUUGGGCAGGUGAAAUGAUAUCCACUUGCUCGCCCAGCGCGAUAGUUAAGUCGUCAGGAGGACUUGGAUUCUUGGGCAAUGGUUUCGGAUAUGCCCUUGGAGCAGCCGUUGCAUGCCCUGAUCAGACGGUAAUUAAUCUGCACGGCGAUGGAUCGGCCGGGUUCCAUUUUAUGGAUCUCGAUACUUACAAACGACACAAUCUGAAUAUCAUGACGAUUGUAGUCAAUAACUACUGCUGGGGAAUGAGCUCCAAUGGGCAGGAUCUGAUUUAUGGUACUAAGACUCCUACACGCCCUGUCAGCCAUUUGAGUCCCGUCACGGAUUACAGUCUUGUGGCGAAGGCAUUGGGGAAUGCUAGUGCGAAGAUACAGUCAAUUGAUGAUAUGUCCCCUGCGUUUGUAAAAUUGCUGGACCAAAGUGGGCCGACUUGCAUAGAGCUGGUCGUGGAUGAUAAACCUAUUCAUCCUAUUACUGUCUCUAUGGUCGGUCAGACUGAUGAGCCUGGAAUGGUGGUUGUUCCUUAUUAUGACAAUGUCCCCAGAGCAUAUUAUAAAUCUUGA